CUGCAACGGCCGGAAGUGGGGCUGUUGACCUAGCUCUAUGGUCCUCGGAGUUCCGCGGGCGCUCGGCGGGGGGAGGGCGAGGAAUGGGGGGGCGCGCCGUCGAGGCUCUCGACCCGUAGCAGCCCCGCAGCCCGGCCGGAGUCCCUGCGCCCUCCGCAGGCCUCGCCGCCAACACGCCCCCGGCCAGCCUCUCCAUCCGAUGCGCCCAUCGAGAAGUAGCAGCAGCAGCAGCGUUUGGAAGCAGCCAAGACCAGGGAUGGGAAGCUGCCUGGCAUGAACUGGUCGCUCUGUUUGGAGCGAGCGUGAACCAUGUUUGUCUACGGGUGACCUCCAGGCUCUUCUGCAAAGCACACCCGCCUGGAGGCCAAAAUGUUCGGCGCAGCCCAAUCAUCCAAGGCCGAGUUCCUGGACAAGGCCCGGCAGGCCCGGGAGGAGCGCCGGGAGCAGAAGGAACGGGAGCAGGCUGCGGUGCGGAUCCAGGCCCUCGUCCGAAGGUUUCUGUGCCGCUGUCGGCUGCAGCGGAAAAUCAGGAGCGAAGUGGACGACUUCUUUCACACCAGCGGUCCUGCCAAGAAGACGGCCCUUUCGCUCUUCAAAAUCUCCCGAAAGCUGCUCUUUAUUUUCAAAGUCCCACAGGACAAAGAGAGGUUUGAAAAGCUGUGCCGCUGCAUCCUUAGCAGCAUGGAGGUGGAAAGUGAUCCUAAGGUGUGGUACGUAUCCCUUGCACUCUCCAAGGAGCUGACUCUCUUGUGGAUACAGCAAGUGAAGGAUGUGCUGUGGAUUUGCUGUGAAUUUCUGAAGCUGCUCAAGCCAGACAUCUUGCAAGAUUCAAAACUGGUGAAUUUGCACCUCACGAUGUUGGUGACUUUUACAGACACCUCUACCUGGAAAAUCCUGCAGGGAAAAGGAGAAGCCCUGCGCCACGCCAUGAAUCACAUCUGUGCAAAUAUCAUGGGACAUCUCAACCAGAAAGGGUUUUACUCUGUGCUCCAGAUUUUGCUGACCAACGGUUUGGCGAGGUCUCAGCCUUCCUUCUCCAAAGGCACCUUAACGGCGGCUUUUUCUCUCGCACUGCGCCCGGUGGUUGCGGCUCACUUUUCUGACAACCUCUUGCGAUCCUUCUUGAUCCACAUCAUGUCCGUGCCAGCCAUCAUGAGCCAUCUUGCAGCACUUACCCCGGAGCGCCUGGCCGUGAUGGAGUCCCAGGAUCUCCUGCGCAAGUUUCUGCUCUUCUUGAGCCAGAAAGAGCAAUGCAGAGAUGUCUGCGUGUGCCUGGAAGGAAGCCACACGCUCUGCCUUCUGGGCAACCUCGUCUACUUGGGGUCGCUGAACGAGAAGGUGCUGCAGGAGGAGACGGGCCCCUUUGUCAGCGUCCUGACCCACAUGCUCUGCUACUGCCAGAAGUACGUCUCGCAGAAGAAGUCCAACCUCACCCACUGGCACCCGGUCCUCGGCUGGUUCUCCCAGGCGGUGGAUUAUGGCUUGAACGAGUCGAUGCCUUUGCUCACCAAGCAGCUUCAGCACCUCUGGGGGGCCCACAUGAUGCGCAUCCUCUUCAGCGACGUGCUCAGCAAGAAGCUCCUGGAGAGCCCAGAAGCUGCCCGUCAGCCCCCGCCAGCCCCCUCCCCGCAGAACAGCCUGCCCAUGAAGAGCCUCUUCAGACGCGCCUUCCAGAAAUCCACCUCCGUUCGCAACAUCCUGAAGCCCAUCGGCGGCAAAAGGGUGGACUCGCCGGAGGUGCAGAAGGUGUGCAGCAUCUGCGUCCUGUACCAGAUGGCACUGACCACCCUCACGCAGAUCCGGCUGCAGAUCCUCACAGGCCUCACUUACCUGGACGACCUCCUGCCCAAGCUCUGGGCCCUCAUCUGUGAGCUGGGCCCCCAGGGGGGCCUGAAGGUCUUCCUGGAGUGCUUGAACAACCACACCGAGGAGUCCAGGCGGCUGCUGGCGAUGCUGGUGCUCUUCUGCGACUGCUCCCGCCACCUGAUCACGAUACUGGACGACAUCGAAGUCUACGAGGAGCAGGUCUCCUUCAAGCUGGAAGAGCUGGUGACCAUCUCCUCCUUCCUGAACUCCUUCGUCUUCAAGAUGAUCUGGGAUGGGAUUCUGGAGAACGCCAAGGGGGAGACCCUGGAGCUCUUCCACUCCGUCCACAGCUGGCUGAUGGUCCUCUACGAGAGAGACUGCCGGCGGCGUUUCGCUCCGGAAGACCACUGGCUGCGCAAGGACCUCAAGCCCAACUUGUUGUUCCAGGAGCUCGACAAAGACCGGAAACGGGCCCAGCUGGUCUUGCAGUACAUCCCCCACGUCGUCCCCCACAAAAAUCGGGUCCUUCUCUUCCGGAAUAUGGUCACCAAAGAGAAAGAGCAGCUGGGCCUGGUGGAGACCAGCUCUGCCUCUCCCCACGUCACCCACAUCACCAUCCGUCGGUCCCGCAUGCUGGAGGAUGGCUACGAGCAGCUGCGGCAGCUCUCCCAGAACGCCAUGAAGGGGGUCAUCCGGGUGAAGUUUGUGAACGACCUGGGCAUGGACGAAGCGGGCAUCGACCAGGACGGCGUCUUCAAGGAGUUCCUGGAGGAGAUCAUCAAGAAGGUCUUCGACCCGGCCCUCAACCUCUUCAAGACCACCAGCGGGGACGAGAGGCUGUACCCCUCCCCCACCGCUUACAUCCACGAGAACUUCCUGCAGCUCUUUGAGUUUGUGGGCAAGAUGCUGGGGAAAGCUGUCUACGAGGGGAUCGUGGUGGACGUCCCCUUUGCCUCUUUCUUCCUGAGCCAGUUGCUCGGCCAUCAUCACAGCAUCUUCUACAGCUCGGUGGACGAGCUUCCCUCCUUGGAUUCGGAGUUCUAUAAGAACCUGACCUCCAUCAAGCGCUACGAAGGGGAUACCAGUGACUUGGGCCUCACCCUCUCCUACGAUGAAGACGUGAUGGGCCAGCUUGUGUGCCAUGAACUCGUCCCCGGCGGGAAGACCAUCCCCGUGACCAACGAGAACAAGAUCAGCUACAUCCACCUGAUGGCCCACUUCCGCAUGCACACCCAGAUCAAGAACCAGACAGCCGCCUUCAUCGGUGGCUUCCGGUCCAUCAUCAAGCCCGAGUGGAUCCGCGUCUUCUCCGCACCCGAGUUGCAGCGGUUGAUCUCCGGCGACAACGCAGAGAUCGACCUGGAGGACUUGAAGAAACACACCGUCUACUACGGGGGCUUCCAUGGCAGCCACAGGGUCAUCCUCUGGCUCUGGGACAUCCUUGCCAACGAUUUCAGCCCUGAGGAAAGAGCCAUGUUUCUCAAGUUUGUUACCAGUUGCUCCCGGCCGCCACUCCUGGGCUUCGUCUACCUCAAGCCUCCCUUCUCCAUCCGGUGCGUGGAAGUGUCGGAUGACCAGGACACGGGAGACACCCUGGGCAGCGUCCUGCGGGGGUUCUUCACCAUCCGGAAGAAGGAGCCGGGGGGGCGCCUGCCCACCUCCUCCACCUGCUUCAACCUCCUGAAGCUGCCCAACUACAGCAAGAAGAGCGUCCUGAGGGAGAAGCUGCGCUACGCCAUCAGCAUGAACACGGGCUUCGAGCUCUCGUAGCAGCCCCGGCAGGAGAGAAGGGCCCAGUUGGCCAGGCAAGCCUUGGCGAGCAAGGUGGGCCCGAAGCCAGGUAGAAAAGGAGCUGCCUCCAGCACCACUUGGCUCCUCUGAGACCGCCGCCGGCCUGCCAUUAAACGUAGCCUUGCCUGCAAACCUUGUGCAGUUACCCGUUGCGGGCAGGGGGUCGCUGGAGGUUGUGCCACGUGGAGGGCUGGGCAGGAGGUCCCUCGUGUUAAGAGCCCCCCCCCCCCCCCCGGCUGCUGUGUCCUGGUCAAACAUCCCAACUGCCCUGGGCCAAACUCUUCCAGGGCUCCUUGGGAGAAGCCACCUGGGCCGAGUUCUGCCUGCUGAAUGCGGGGCCCAGCCUGCUCAGAGCGGGUGAGGUGAGUUUGCAGCCACAAAGCCUGUCCCGCCUGGAGCCUGCAAGGCUGCCUUUACCUCUUGACCCGAAAGCGGGAGUCCUUGUUCGGCCCAGCUUUGUUAACUUGAACUGCUGGCCAAACCGGUUUGGCUUUUCUCCAAGGGCCGCCAGGCUCUUCCCUGGCAAGGAACGCGACUGGGAUCCACCGGUCAUCCGUUGGUGACCAAGACCCAGGGAAGGUGACUCCAGUGCGAAGCGAGAGAGCUGCCGGGGGCGCCAAGGGCCCUUUGAAUGGCCUCCCUGCAGGAAGGCCUGGCGCAGAAGGGGCUCGGGGGCACUUGGGCCGAGGGGAGAAGUGGUGGUCGGUGGGGUCUUUAAGCCCAUAAGCAGAGGGGAGGGGGAACCUGCUGGGCAGGCCAGGGCAGUCCUGUGCCAGUUCUCUCAGGGACUUUGCUCUUUGGAAGUUUCCUUUGGCUCCUUGGGGAAGGCACCCCCCCGCGGGGGGUUUUUGGGGCCCCCCCCCCCCCCCCCCCAAAGUUGGCAGAUUUAAGACUUGUGGACUUCAGCUCCCAGAAUUCCCCAGCCAUUGUGCCAGGCUUGUCAACUUUGGAGGGCCCUGGUGUAGAUGGAAGCGGGCAUUUGCACCCGCCGUCUGUUGCUCUGGGGCAGGGGGUUCUGCCCUCCUUUUGAAGUCUCCCAAACCCCAUGGAAUGAACUCGGAGCCUGUGGAGGUCCCGCCGUCUGUGGAUCUGGCUGCACUCCCACUCCUCUUCCCUAGGAGUGCGUGCGUGCGCGUGCGUGUAUGUACAGAUUUUGAACAAACACAAGAGGCUGAUCAAGGGAGGCUACCCGGCGUUUUCCUACCUUGUAAAACAAAUCGGAUGAAUCUGUCCGUCGGAAAACAUCUUUCGCUCCCAGUCCAGCUCUAUUAAGUGGCGGUUUUCCACAGGGCUCUGCAGCUCAGGGUAUCCAGGGCCCGAUUAUGGUCCUGCUCCCAGGUAGCUGCGCUGCUUGUCUGCUUAUUUUAGGAAGACAGAUUACAAACCUCAAGCGAGUCGCCCUUUUGCACAAAUGUUGUGAAAUAUGAAGAAAGAAGAGUUGGUUUGUAACAAACUAAAAACAGUGCAAGGUAUUUUGAGAAUGUUGCUUUUAUUUAAGUCCGGUUCUUUUCCAUUUCAGAACAUAGCUACUGCCAUGAAAUAACCCCACCCCCCAAUUAAAGGCUGGGCCCAGACAGGUUCAUUUAAGCACGGAGCUAUCCUGGAUGCUGGUUCACCCCCCUUCCUUCCUGAUUUUCCCUUAGGGAUUAUACGAUGUUGACCUGUGGCCGCCUCCGGCCUCCCAGAGAACUGUUUCAAAUUGCCCUCUUGGGGGGAAGGGGUGCAACCUCCCCACACUUCUGGUGCCCUCCUCUGGAAUCCAGGAGCGGCCAGUCCCAACAAGCCUGGCAGCGGCGCACAUGACUUCCCACAACCUUCAGGGUGCAAACUGGGGCUUUGCAAUGCCCAGACCCCUCCCUCGUGCAUUGCGCCACCGUUGCUCAGGUCUGGGUGUUCAUGUCCCUUGGAGGCCCUUCAAGAGGAGCCUUGGAAGCUCUCGGUUUUCUUCUCUCUCCCAAAACCAAUAAAUAUUUUGCUGUUUGAUCACUUAGUAUUUUUUUUAGUUAUGGCACAUUCUUCACACUGGAAAUUCAUGAAUACAAGAAAUAAAAGUUGAAAAAUUGGUUGAA